CUAGUGUAUAGCCGAUCGACGAUCGACGCUGAUGAACAGUUUGGGCCCAGCCGUCGAUCUCAAGGGGCGAUAGGGAUACCUUAAAGCAACGUCAAUUGAUACACGGCCUUUGGUGAUGCAGUUGCAGCUAAAUCUCGGUUAAACAGCUCCAAGUUUUGAUUAAUAAUCACGACUCGCCGAGAAAAAGCAGCGAGGAUGGACGAUCUGGCGGGCAGACAUCGACGGGUCUCUAUAAGCGAACAACUGCCCCACCAGGGCCUCGACAACCCGGCGUUCGAGCACCACAGUAGUAGUACCGGUAGUAGCAACCAUCACAACAAUCACCACCAUCAUCACUACCCUCCUCACCAUCACCACAACCACCACCACCACGGCGGCGGCACGACUGGUGCUGCUACUGCCGAUCCAGCGCGUAAAAAGUCGAUCCUGCACCAGGCCAACAGCGUUCCGGGUAGCGUUGAGAACCUACACUGCUCCGACGCCGAGAACAACGGUAAGCUCGACCCGAGGCACCAAUUUUCCAGAAAAAAAUCCGCCCUGAGCCUGUCCAGCUCAAUCAGGGAAAAGGUCGAGUACACCGAGGAGCUCAAGCGGUACGUAGACGAUCGAUCGUGGCUGUACCUCUUCUGUACACGUUGCCAUGGUCCGGGUGACACGGAUUCUUGGGAACCCUCGGGAUGGCGGCGAGCUUGUCCUCGGCCCUUUUGUCCGAGCUAUCGCAAGUUUGCCCGAGUUUUGUGCCUGGUGCUGUUGGGCCUAUUACUUUGGGGCAUCGUGUACUCCAUCAUGGGCUCUGAUGCAGCUCCCGGUGGGCCCUUGUUUGGGUUGGCUUGUCUCGCAAUCGCGGCGCACUUUGCAGGCUGGUUAUUCACUGUUUUCUCGAUGCCUGCCCUCAUCGGGAUGCUCCUCUGUGGCAUCCUAUUGCAAAACCUCGGCCUUGUCUCCAUCGACGCGCGUUACGGGCCAGUUGUCUCUGACCUCAGGUACGUACCCGCUAACAUAUAUUAUACAUACAGACAUGGAAUUCCAACGCUUAUAAUAGCGAUAGCUGGAAUCGACGAUGCCGCCUCGGUUGCCGUGUACGGCAUCAUUCAGAGCGUCAUGUUUUCGCAAGACGCACUUUGGUACCAGAUACUUCAAGGCCCAAUCGCGAUCUUCGGGGGAAUAGGAUUUGGAGUUUUAUGGGGCGUGCUUUCCAGAUACGUGCCGGAGAAGGGUGACCCGUUCGUAGUGCCAUUGAGGGUACUAAUGCUGUUCAGCGGUGGGCUGCUGUCGGUCUUUGGCAGCGAACGGAUCAACCUUGGCGGUGCCGGUCCACUUGCCGUCGUAGCCGCAGCCUUUGUCAGUUUCUACUUUUGGCAAAAGGACGGCCUGGAUGUAGAGGAUAACCCCAUAUCGACGUCCUUUGAGAUAUUCUGGAUGCUGUUCGAGCCAAUCCUGUUUGGGAUAACCGGCACGCAAAUCAAGCUCAACGAGCUCGACGGCAACACUGUCUACGUGGCGAUGGGGUGCCUCGGAGUGGCCUUUAUCGUUCGAAUGCUGGUGACCAUCCUCGUGGGCGUGGGCUCGCGCUUCAACCUCAAAGAAAAGAUAUUUAUAGCAUUGGCGUGUAUGGCAAAGGCGACGGUGCAGGCUGCUUUGGGGCCGGGCACCCUUGACAAGGUAGAUCACGAGAACGAGACCCAAAAGCGCUACGCCGAAAUCGUCCUGAUGCUAUGCGUCCUCUCGAUUCUGAUCACCGCACCGACAGGUGCCAUUUUAAUCAUGAUAUCCGGGCCGAAGCUCCUUACGAAAACGCGCGCUCCCAUCGUUACUACGUUGCACGACGGUUGGCGAUCCCGGAGGCCCUCGAUCCGUGACAUAUCCAUCAUCGAUGAGCUACCCGAUCUCGAGGACCCAAAAAACGGUACUCCCGUCAUCACCGAGAUCAUCACCAACAAUCAGGCCCACCCGCAUCACAUAAACUUUACCAAUAACCAUCGGUAACCUCGCUCCCCCUCCCCCUCUCCCAACAACCUACUUUUCCCUAACUUCUCAUGUUUGUUAGUUUGUUGUAUAUCCGUCCGUCAUUUGCUACUGUUUCGUUUCGUCGCUCUCCCAUCAUCAAUUAUUUGCACCCCUUACCUCUAUACCUUGUUACAUCACGUAAUACAUCAUUACCUAUACAUGUACACUAGCGGCUAGCGUAUUAUAUACUUAUUUAUGAUUGUACUGAAGCGUCUUCUCGUUUUGUAUUUACAAUCAGUGCCGAGUUUGAAAUAAUUUAUAAUUUACAUUCAACUGGAAACAUUUAUUUAUUCAUAAAUAUGUUUGA